CAUCAGCUCACAGUCUGUCAGAACCUCUCCCAGCUCUCCAUAAGGACUCUAGCACUUCACACUACAGAUACUAGGACUUUCUUCUAGUCAUGAUUCGGGUUUUUCGGCCCGUGGUCGUGUUGUUACUGUUCACGCUCCAGGCUGUUGCUGUGGUGAAGGCUGUCUGGAUUCCCCCGAGGAAACCACUGGAGGAAAAUGUAGACUAUACUCAAGAUGAAUCUGUUGCCAAGAUUCACUCUGAUUUCGAUGAUGGCACAGGGAAUAUCAUCUACUCUUUAGAGGGGAUUGGUGCAAACCAGUAUCCCUUCAAUGUGUUUGUGGUUGACCCUGUAACUGGAGUAAUUCGUGUGACUCAGGUGCUUGACAGGGAGUCCAUUGCUUUGUACAACCUGUCAGGUGUUGCUAGGUACAGAGAUGGUAGGCUGGCAGAAGAAAACGUUGAUAUACGAUUUAAGGUUGUAGAUCAGAAUGACAACCCUCCAGUGUUUGGAAAUAUCAUGCCCGGUGAGGUGCAGGAGCUCACUCCUCCAGGGACUUCUAUUAUGAAAAUAACUGCAACUGAUGCUGAUGAACCAGGGAAUGAGAACUCUCAGAUUGCCUAUUCCAUCGUAAAUCAGAAUCCACCCAAUGGCAUGUUUGGCAUUUCUUCAGAUGGAACCAUCUUUGUCAACAAUUUAUUGGACAGAGAGAAAGCAGAUCAGUACACUCUGACAGUGAGAGGUCAAGACUUGAAUGGCAGUCCCGGGGGAAACGCUGCAACCAGCACUGUUACCAUUAAGGUCCUGGAUGUAAAUGACAACCUUCCUACACUGGAAAAAGAAGCGUAUGAGGGCAACAUUGAUGAGAAUACACAAGGUGUGGAGGUGAUGAGACUCAAAGCAGAAGACCUGGACCUGGAGGGAACAGACAACUGGGAAGCUGUGUUUGACAUUGUCAAAGGCAAUGAGGCAGGAUACUUCAGCAUUAAAACAGACCCCAAGACCAAUGAGGGCAUCCUAAUGCUUGACAAGGCUGUAAAUUAUGAGGACGUGAAGGACCUUGACCUAGGAAUAUCUGUUAGAAACAAGGCUCCACCAUAUGAUGGAUCUGGGGCAAGUUCUGGAACUAGUAUAAGUUUUGGAGGAGGCGGAGGAGGGGGAGGAGGAGGAGGAGGAGGAGGAGGAGGGGGAGGGGGAGGGGGAGGAGGGGGAGGAGGAGGAACAGGUGGUGGUACUGGUACGGGAAGUUGGUCUGGAGGAUCAUCAUGGCAAAGUGGGACGACAUUUAAAACCUAUCCAGUCAAAAUCAAUGUAAAGAAUCAGCCUGAGGGGCCAGCCUUUGACCCCAAAGUCAAAGCUGUUCCCAUCUCAGAGGGAGGCAACUCCUUCAACAUUAAUGAUGUUAUUGCCCGCUACCCUGCAAUAGAUGGAGACACUGGGAAACCAGCUGAGAAUGUCAGGUAUGUCAAGGGCUCAGACCCUGACAACUGGCUAACCAUCGACCCAAAGACAGCUGAGAUCAAACUGAACAAGAUGCCUGAUAGAGAAUCUAAAUUUCUGGUCAAUGGGACAUAUUUUGCUCAAGUGCUGUGCAUCACUGAAGACCAGCCUGCUAAAACGGCCACCGGCACCAUUGCUAUCCAGGUGGAAGAUUUUAAUGACCACUGCCCCACCCUGACCAGCAACAUCCAGACUAUGUGUACCACGCAUGAUUCUGUUAUUGUGAAUGCUAAAGAUGAGGAUGUUUUCCCUAACGGACCUCCUUUUGACUUUGUAAUCAUCCCAGAGGGCACUGAGGGCAAAUGGCAAGUGGAGCAUCUCAAUGACACUGCAGCGAUCCUGAGGGCCCAGGAAUCCAUGUGGCCUGGUGUGUAUGAGGUGGAAUUUUUGGUGAAGGAUGAGCAGGGACAUUCCUGUCCAGAACCACAGAAGGUGAAGGUCCAAGUUUGCACCUGUGAGGAUGGAGUGCAGUGUGGAAAACGAGGCAGCAGUGGUCAGCCCAGCAAAGGGAUACAGUUCGGACCUGCAGGCAUCGGACUGUUAAUACUAGGCCUGCUGCUCUUACUACUCAUUCCCCUGUUGCUGCUCUUCUGCCAGUGUGGGGGAGUUGCUGGUCUUCCAGGAAACUUUACUGAGAUGCCUUUCGACACCAAAUCAAACCUCAUUAACUACCACACUGAGGGCCAGGGAGAGAACACGGAGGUGCCACUACUGAACAUGCAAACACAACUGGAUGGAGAUAUAGCCAAAAUGGGUAUGGGUACCAUUAGUAAAACUUCAGCAAUGGCGCCCAUGGCAGGUUUGGAUUCCCAGAAAUCCGUCACAUCCUUCGAUGGGAUGAAUGGGGCUGUCUACCAAGAAAGCUUUUCAAAUGGCCGUAAAGAAGGGACAUGGGGAUUGAUGAACCAGAUGAGUGGAAGUGGCUUCUACUCAGGGGUUCAGGGCACAGAAUCGGGAGUGGGUGGAGGAAUUUAUGACAGCAUGGCUCUGUCAGACCACUUCCUGCGACAGUACUACACUCAGAAGGUGGCCAGUGGAAAUGAGAACCUUGAAGUGAAGGACGAUCUUCUGGUUUAUGACUAUGAGGGCCAGGGUUCCCCUGCUGGCUCAGUGGGCUGCUGCAGCCUCCUGGAGCCUGACAACGACCUUCAGUUCCUUGAUGACCUCAGUCUAAAGUUCAAGACACUGGCCGAGGUGUGCGAAGGCAAGAAGAUCCAAACUGAAGUCAAACAAGUGUUCACUCCUCUCCCCAGUGCCACCAUCAACACUCAGAGUUCAGUAUCAAGUGUGGCUACUACUCAACAGCUGCCCCCUCCACCCCAACUGCAGCCAACUGUACUCAGAUCAGAGCAGUCUGUGGUCAGGGAGACGUCAGAGCGAUCUCAGGCAGUGAAGGAAAGCACGGCCACUUUGAGACAAGGGAUGACCACCGCAAAUCAAGGUCAGGUGCUCCUGCUACAGCAGCAGCAGCAGCCUGUCUACCUCACUACCACCCCUAUGCUCCAGCCAAUGCAUUACGUAGUCCAGCCACAGGUUCAAAACACUCUGCUGCUGGCUGAGGCACCAGCCACCAACCUGCAGGGCAUGGUACUGGUUAACGGCACCCAGACUGGACCUGCCCAAGGUAUGAUCAUUCAGGGGCAGCCAGUGAUGUCAAGUGGACAAGCCCAGGGCACAGCCAUGAUGCUGGUGGAGACGGGUGGUGCCCAGGGAGGAAGUUCCAACUUGAUCCAAACUACCAACCUCUCUGGUUCCCAGAAAAUGAUGGUAGUGGAGGGCAAGGUUCCUGCAGGAUCAAUGAAAGUGCUAAAGGGGAGCCAGACCUGUGUUGUACCAGGGGGAACUCUACAGUCAGGGCUGUCGGGGUCUCAGAGAGUCCUGGUUGUCGGAGGGCCUGUAAGCAGUGGAAGGCAGCUUGUCCAGGAGGCAGGAGAUCUGUCCCAGAAGAGUGAUAUCUCUGGAUCUCAAAGAGUCCUCUACAGUAAAGGCAGCACAUCUGCUGGCUCUCUGAGCAGCAUGGUGGGUUCAUCUACCACCACAGUGAACACAACUCCCAACUACCACAAGGUGGUGGUGCAGGAGACAAGAGAAAUUCACUGAAGGACAGAUUGUAAGGACAACAGGGAACCUCUUCAGUCAUGCCAAUUAGUCAUGCCUGGUUCAGACGGUGAUGGGAUGCUUGUGUGACUCCGCUAAUUUUUUUUAAAAAUCACUGAAAUUUUAAGUCACAAAAGACUCUUUUAAUGCAGAUUAAAAUUCUGGAAAGGCACUGUCUCAAUAUAUUUAUGAGAAACACAUACAAGUCGGUUAAUUGGUGGAGGGUGUGUUGCAGUAGUUUGAUGAGGACAUGUACAGGCAUGCUCAUAUGCUGGUUUCUACUUAAUAACCAACAUAUGCAUUUAAGCCUCUGUGUUACCUAACCAGGCAAUAAAUAACCAGGCUGACUGGUUAAAAAACUGAAAUGCUGGAAAUUUUAGGAACAUUUUCUUUUUCUUUUCUACCUGCCUUUGCUAUAAGGUUUUUUCUGUCUUUUACCAGGUUUACAAAAAUAUUUUUGCUAUUAAUUUUGGUAAUGGUCCAGUAUUUAUGUAAUUCGGAAUGGAUUUGAUUAUGUUUAAUAUACUUUUGUUUUGUGUGUGUGUUCUGCUUUCUUAUGUUUGUUUGUGUUUUGCUUUCUUGUAAUCCAGCUUGAUCUAAACAUUCUCCAUCUGCCUUUACGAAGUUCUCAUGUUUAUAAGAUUUGGUUUUAUCAAACUGUUUUAACUGUGUGUAGUAUGGUGUGUAUGGUUAUACAAUGGUAAAAACAUGCAUUUAUUAUUAUGCAAACAGAUACUUAUGCUCGAAUACAUUUGACAUGGUGUCAUAAUGUCUGUCUCAGGGAUGUCUAAUGCAAAGCAUUUAUCUCAUGCUUGCUUACUUUAAUAAACUCUUUUUUAUGCAACAGUUCAGGUCAACAAGCAUUUUAUGUCCUAUGACAGUCAGCUAAUGUAUUACCUAAUAAACUCAUUGUUUUUCUGGCCGUAAUUGGCUGUGUAAAAUGUCAAAUGAUUUUUGGUUUUUCAGAGUAAGAACACACUCUGGAGGAAUGCCAAACACCAGCUGGCAGGCUGCAGAAUAUAUUUUCUCACAUUACGGUUCAUUUAAGAAAAAUUUGGAUAUAAACCAAGUCAUUGGCGAGCUGUCAAGUUUCACAAUCUCUUAAAUGUUUAACUCUUGAUGUUCAUUUAACUCUUGAUGCCUCCUCACAGAUGAAGUCUGUGCUGAUGGAAAAAAGGGAUCCUUUGGAAUUAAAACCUCCAUACUUUGCAGCACUUCCUACUUUGUGAACAUUCAGUGUGUUUUGGAUUUAUCCCUCACUUUUUAAAUUUUUAUCGACUUUUUACAGUAUUUUAUUUUGUGUUUUAUGAUUUGCAAACAAAAAAGUGUUUGUUGUUAAAUUGGGUAUUUGCUAUGUACUUUGCUUGUGAGAUCCCUGAUUACAUUUAUUACAAAUACUUAUGUGCUGGAGUAAAUUUUGACAUAAUGUCAUAAUGUCUGUCUUAGCGAUGUCUAACAGGAAGCAUUUAUGUAAUGUUGGCUUACUUUGGUAAACCUUUUUGUAUGCAGCAGUUCAGGUCAACAAGCAUUUUAUAUCUUUUUGUUUCUACACAUGGAAAGGCUAAUACAUUACAUAAGUAGGGUUGUGCGCGACUUUUCAACAAUUCAUUUAAAUGCUGCUGGAGAUUUAUGGACAAUAGUUAUGAAUUCUUGCAUGUAACACACUGACGAGCAUUAACAGUGAGCAAUAAAUAUUCCACCAAAGACAAGAA